CGUGCAGCGGCUGUACACUACUUCUCGUCGGCUACGGGAUCCAUAUGCUUGCCAAAGCAAGGUUUUAACAAAGCAAUGGGGACUUCAGCAAACGUGCUGCUAAGAGUCUAAAACACACCAGCAACUAAACGCGUUUCUACUGAACCACAAAAAUCAGCUGCCUUUGCCGGUAGUGGAAAGCUUGUCAACUCCGGAGAAAGGAGCGAUGGACCCGAGAGACACAGCCCCGGAUUCGUGGGAGCUGGAGGAGGAUGCCGAGGCCCCGGCUGCAGCGGCGGGGCUCCCGACCGCCUUCGCCGCCCUCAACGUCAACGCCAAGCCGUUUGUCCCCAACAUUAACGCCCCGGUGUUUGUGCCGAGCUUCCUUCAAACCAGCGCCGUGGACAUGCCGGCUUCAGACGGUGCCCCUGAUCCAGUUGCCAGCAUGGAGGUGGCAGAACCAGCCGCUCCGGUGGAGAAUGGAGGCACGGAGGCAGACAUGACCACAGAGGAGGAGACGUGGGAGCAGAAGGAGGAGCCUGGGGGAGGUGGAGGAGGUGGAGGGCAGGAGGACCUGGGGGCAGGAGGAGAAUGUGAGGAAGGCGCCGCGAGGAAGGAGGAUGAGGAGAUGAUGGAGGAGGAAGAUGAGGAGAUGAACAUACCCAAAGUGGCCCCGGGACCGCCAGAUGCCCCCAAGAAAGAACAUGUUAACGUGGUCUUCAUCGGUCACGUGGAUGCCGGCAAAUCAACUAUUGGAGGACAGAUCAUGUACUUAACUGGAAUGGUGGACAAGCGAACCCUGGAAAAAUAUGAAAGAGAAGCGAAAGAAAAGAACAGGGAGACAUGGUACCUGUCGUGGGCUCUGGACACAAACCAGGAGGAGAGAGACAAGGGGAAGACAGUGGAGGUUGGGAGAGCUUACUUUGAGACUGAGAAAAAACAUUUCACCAUCCUUGAUGCCCCCGGACACAAGAGCUUUGUCCCCAACAUGAUUGGCGGAGCGUCACAAGCUGACCUGGCAGUCUUGGUGAUUUCUGCCAGAAAGGGGGAGUUUGAGACCGGCUUUGAGAAGGGUGGACAGACACGGGAACACGCCAUGCUGGCUAAAACAGCAGGAGUCAAGCAUCUCAUUGUCCUGAUUAACAAGAUGGAUGACCCCACCGUCAACUGGAGCCUAGAAAGGUAUGAGGAGUGCAAGGAGAAACUGGUGCCAUUUCUGAAGAAGGUGGGCUUCAACCCCAAAAAGGACAUCCACUUUAUGCCUUGCUCCGGACUCACAGGUGCCAACCUCAAGGACCCUGUACCUGAAUGCCCCUGGUACACGGGUUUGCCAUUUAUUGCCCACCUGGACAGUUUGCCAAAUUUCACCAGAUCCAGCGAUGGACCGGUCAGACUACCUAUCGUAGACAAGUACAAGGAUAUGGGCACAGUUAUCCUUGGGAAGCUGGAGUCUGGUUCCAUCAGUAAAGCCCAGCAGCUGGUCAUGAUGCCAAACAGGCACACAGUGGAGGUCCUGAGCCUGCUGAGUGAUGAUGUGGAAACAGACGAUGCAGGUCCAGGGGAGAAUCUCAAGUUGAGGCUGAAGGGCAUCGAGGAGGAAGAAAUCCUGCCUGGUUUUAUCCUCUGUAGCCCUGACAACCUCUGCCACUCCGGGCGCACCUUUGACGCACAGAUUGUCAUCAUUGAGCACAAAUCAAUCAUUUGUCCUGGUUACAAUGCAGUGCUUCACAUCCACACCUGCAUUGAAGAAGUGCAAAUCACAGCCUUAAUCUGUCUGGUGGACAAGAAAACGGGAGAGAAAAGCAAAACACGACCACGCUUUGUGAAGCAGGACCAGGUGUGUAUCGCCAGGCUCCGGGCAGCAGGAAUCAUCUGCUUAGAGACCUUCAAAGACUUCCCUCAGAUGGGACGAUUCACACUGCGAGAUGAAGGCAAAACUAUCGCCAUUGGCAAAGUGCUGAAGCUGGUGCCAGAAAAAGACUAAAUGCAACAGUGGCAGCAUGCAUGGAGUUCUUCCACUCGUUACCAGAGGAGAAACGCUGCUAGAGCCGACCCAAACAGCUACUCUCUCUUUACACACAACUAUGCUGAAGAGAUGAACAACGACAACAAGGAGUGAAGAAGGAGAACAAAAUUUCGUCAAAUGAAGAAAACAAGACUGAAUCAGUUUUUGUGAUGAACAAUACGAAACGAGAGACCAAGCCCAAGUGUGUCAGCUUUCUCAUAUUGAGAGCUCAGCUAUGCCACUAAUGUAGCUACAUGUCCCCCUUCUGUGCUCCCACGGCUAACUGCACUGUCAGCUGGCCACGCCAUUUGUUUUUAGAAUGGAGAUGGAUGCAGUGUAACUGAGUUUGGGGAAGAGAAACAGAAACUACAGAAUGAUUUCAUAUCCUGGAAAAGAGCAGAGUUAGCCUGUAAUUAUAAUUUGCAUAGUACAUCUCCCUUUUUAAGAGUGGGAUUAAAAAUCCAAUGGACAUUUUAUUUGGUUUUAAGGAUUGCUGUACCAAAAUUUUUUAGUUUGGUCUCUCUCCACAUGAGAUGGUUUAAUUGGAUUGAGCUCACAUACUACUCUGAUGAACCAAGGAUAAACACAAACACACAGACACACACACCGCUGUUACAUAAUCUAAACUGAAAAUAAAUGAUCAAGCUGCAA